AAGACCGCUUCCUUCUGGCCGACCGCAGCUAUACAGUCAGCCCAAGCUGCAGGCUCCUGCUGUUGCGCGUGGGUUCUCCAGUGUCGCUUCAUCUCUCUUGUCUUCCUUCUUGUCUUUUUUCCUUCAGCCAAAACAUUCCGGAGUAGCGCGAGUUAUGCAAGCUCUGUUCCUCACGCUUACCCUGGCCGCUCUGCAACUGUGGCCGGCUGUUCUCGGAGGCCCGCAGCACCAGCGGUUCGUGCAAAGCAAUGGCUGGCCCUUCAGGUUGAGCAGGGUAUACAGCUUUGCAUGGCAGAAUUGCGGUCCUUCAGACCCUGCAUGGAUCAAGAGCCUGAACAUCAUUCCAGACCCAAUUUGCAUUCCGGGAGAUAUGACAGUUUGUGCCUCAGCUACCACCACUGUAGCUAUAGAAGCACCUCUGAAGGGAGUUAUUGUUUUAGAGAAGAAGAUGGGUGAUAUGUGGCUAAAAAUCCCCUGCAUGGACAACAUUGGGAGCUGUACCUAUAACAAUCUGUGUGCUAUGCUGGAUGAACUUAUCCCUCCAGGCCAGCUAUGUCCAGAACCCUUGCAGUCUUAUGGCAUUCCUUGCCACUGCCCCUUUAAGGCGGGUACUUACAACUUGCCUCCCUCCGUUAUCUACAUACCCAACCUGGACUUACCUUCUUUCUUAACCAAUGGGGACUACAGGAUAAAAAUUGUACUGAGCAUGGGUGAUCAAGAGCUGGGUUGUGCGAAGAUUUCCUUCUCACUGCAUGCAGGGAGUCGGUGGUUCUGGUGGUGACUGCAGCCCAGGCAUCCCUGUUGUCAAAUGUCCUAUUUUCUUCCUACGCUUUCUUUCCCAUAGGUAUCCUAGUAUAGAGACUCGCUUUUCAGCCUUAAGGCGAAGGGGAAUAAGUGCUGCUUUUAUGAUUGCUCUCAGAUCUCUUAGAGAUGCAUCCUAACUCAGUGAAUAAGUAUUCAUAAGUAUUUUUAACAAGAAUUUGAGAUUUCUAUGACCAAUCAGUAUUCAGUCAUUGAUUAAGACAGGGAGUGCUUCACACAAGAUAUCUGUCCUACAUGGAAACAGAAGAAAUGCAUAAUUGUCAUAUGUGUAGAUCAUGUAAAUACAUGUAUGUGUAUUGAGAAUACACUUCCAGGCAUAUGCAUGUUCAGCAAAAUAGGUGUGCAAUGCAUAUUAUUAUGUAUGGAUUCACCUUACAUCCCAAGUUUUCAAAUGAUGGAUAAGGCCAAAGUGGGGCGCUAAAAAGGUAUGUACUCUUGAGCAAGCAUGGAUUGGAGGAUGGAGCCACUUAGUUCCUGCUUCUGGAACAUCUGGACAAGCUUGAUUUCCUCCUUUCCACCUUUGCUAAGUCUCUGCCUACUUGGCUGUGGUUCUUUCACCCUUCCUCACAUCAUACAAGAAAGGUUGUAAUUGUUAUGGCAGCCGAACCCAUUUCAGCUGGCUUCAUUCUUUCACUCCCAGCUGGACUUGGUCAGCGAGUGAAGGAAUCUGGAACAAAUCCAUGACAGCGGAAAUAAGGAGACAGAUGAAAACAGAGAAAGCUCCUGCUUUUAAAAAGUGUUCACUCCCAAUUGUAGAUCAUGUACUACAUUUGUAAUGACUGUGCAUGGAGCACAUUUCCAUGUGCCUCGCUUUUAAACAUACUGUUGGUGCUUUGUUGGGAACAGUGGUACAAAAGAUGGAGGAAGAUGGGAUUGUGGGAAGAUUCUAAAAACUGAGAAAUACAUUGCCUUUUUUUCCCUACACCUAUGUGUGGGGAGAAGUCAUGUGUGAAGGAGCGCUUAUAUACAUAUUUAACUUUAAUUAUGCACAAAUGUUUUGGUAAUGAUAGUGCAUUGACCUGUAUGGCGGUGGCAUUUGCCUUUCAAGUCAGCCUCUGAAAUCAUCAGGAAGAAAAUAGUGAACAUGAAGGUCUCUGCAGGUAAUUCUGAAUUCUUUUACAUUUCAUGUGAAAGACUUUACUAACAUUCCUGGAAAGGACCAAAUAGUUGUAGAUGUGCUGAAGGGUAUUUGUAGAUUUUUUUGGGUACUACUGGGGAAAGCAAUAGAUUUCUGGUAGUAUGUGCACUUUCUUUUCUUGAUUAACUAGAGAAGGAAAGAUUACUAUUGAUCUUUGAUUUCUUAAGAAAUCAGCACUUCCAUUCUAGACAGUUACACCCUUCUUAGUGCAUUGAUGUCACUGGUUUUACAAGGGCAUACCUCUGCUUAGGAUGGUAGAUGACUGAUUUCACACUGUGAUUGGAGUCCUGAAACACCAGUCUCUCUUAUUUUCGAAGAGCCAUGUUCAUGGCCACUGACAUAAAGGAGAGAAAACAGUGGCUUGUGAACUUUCCAAGCUUUUAUUAUUUUGGAACUCAUAAUCCUGGGGGGUUAAUUAAGUAGUUUGAAGUAAUAGAUGUAGAUGUAUAGUUACUGUACCAGAACUGCAUUCUGUUACUAGGGUUUUUUUGGAUUCUUGUCAAUUGUCCAGUUUUGUGGAACAAUGGACAAAUUUGUUUGGUACAUGUGCUGCACUGGCAAAAAGCUGUUGUGUUUGCCGAUUGCACUCUGCUAUGGUAUUCUGUUACGGCACUCUGUUAUGGCUUGACAGUCAAUAUUUUGGUAAGAUUUCCAACUGAAGAUUAAUUCUUAUGGGAUGACCACGCUUCAUUGACAUUCAGAGAAACUCUUCCACUAAAUAUUUUAAUUUCAUUAUGUUUCGUUCCUCACAUUUCCUCUUCCUCUCAAUAAAGCCGUACACUUUUGGAUGGUUAUCAUAGGCUCUACAAGUCCUAGUGAAUUUGGACCUGUGAUAACAAGAGUGACCACAUACUUUGUCCUGUAUUCAUUAUCCAUGAUGUUAAUGAGCUAAAUAGCACCUCUCUCUAGUAUUAUCUCUUGUGGAAGUUUUAGGAUAUUAGAAAUCUGUUGCUUUCCCCAGUAGUACCCAAAACAUCUUCAAAUAUCCUAACAUUCUUGAUUUUAUGCCAUUGCACGUACUUUGAGUAGACAGGCUCUCAUGAGACUUUAUAUCCUAUGUCCAUCUUGUAUAUCAGACACCCCCUGUCCUGCUGCUUCUGCAUACGUGACAAGCUUCAUGUCUUAAAUUAGCAGCUUCAUACUAUGUGCUCUGUGUUCCACUGUUAUCCAGGUAAUUAUUAUGGCUCAUUUCUAAAUUGAGGAAAUAUGUUGGUGGAAGGGUUAGAGAAUCCAGGGUAAGGAGGAACGUCAUAGUCCAUCUCUCCCCAACUCUUGCCUAGUCCUGGGACUUUAGGGGAAACUGCUUCAUUCCCAUAAGUUACAGAGAAAGAUUGUGAGGAAUCCAUCUGGAGUCUUGAUCUUACUGAUAUCCCCAUUCUGCAUACCCAUGCCAGGGAGGGUUGCUCUGUUUUCUUUGUGACCCUAAAUUUUAAAAUGCUUUUAGUAUGCAUGAGUUGAGGCAGGAAAUAGCACAUGACAAAAAUGCCUUUGAUUAGUUAAGGGUCAGACCAUACGCCUGCUGUUCUUUUCAAAGCUCUCUUGCUAGACACAUAACUACUUGCAGGGCAUAUGUUGAAGAGCUUCCAAGUCCCCUACAUCCAUCCUAUUGCACUGUAUAUGAGGUUUUUUGUUCAAGGCAGCCUUGCUUGAUGGCUGCUUAUCCCACUGCCAUUGUGAACUCCAUUCUUAAAUGGUUGCAUGGCAGCCUUCAAGUACUAUAUAGGGUUUUUAUGGAACGACACUGUUAAAGCAUCACAAAAGAUUUGCUUAAUUUAGCCACUAAUACUGUGUCCUGACAAUGGCUAUAUAACCUACAUGAUUAUGCCAAUAUAUGGAACAUGAGGAUUAUAACUUGUGUACCUAUGGAAUGUUCUUAGAUGAAGAUCUUUCAUUUUCUCUGAUUGACUACAUGUAAUAGUUGAUGAUUGAUUUAUAUUGUUUUUAUUUGCUCUGUGAUCUCUCAAUUUUUUAGCCCAAAAUGCUUAUGAGAAACUGGUUGAUGUUGUUUAUUGUGGGGGGGGGGGGGGGCGGGGUGAGUUUAAUUAUUUUGAAAGUUGAGUGGCCUUGAAUUCUGGUGCCAUAGGGAGAUACUGAAUAAAUCUUUUUAUGGAUA